AUGCUGAAGGGACCGGACGUUGAUUUCCCUACGGGAACGCCCUUGCAGCCUUCAAGUCCGCCUUCCGAUGCGGAUUGGGAGAGCAGAAAGCAAGUCAUCAAGAAGAUUGACGCGCCAUUGCCGCCUCGAAGUCAGCCUACCGAUGCGGACUGGGAGAGCAGAAAGCAAGUUAUCAAGCAGAUUUACAUCACCGAAAGCCGCACCCUUGACUACUUGGUGGAAGAAAUGAAGGAAAGAGGAUUUGACCAAACCGAAAAGCAAUUUCGGAAACGUCUCGCUCACUGGAAUUUGAAGAAGAACAACACCUCAAGCGGCCGAGCAACGGAUCCUUCUGGAUCAGGAAAGCGCACGCGUAGGGAUGCGGGUACCACGAGACCCAAGGCCAGCUCCGACAGGAAGAGCGAGCCACUCACAGCCCUGCAAAUGAAAAUAUUCUUGGUCCUCUUUCCAAUGCGCAUCGAGCUGGACGAUCUUGGGAGUCUACUGCUAUCCGCGGAUACGGCCAUGCGAUUCUACCUGGCGUGCAGAGAAUCCACAUGGAUAUGGGAUAUUCGUGAGCCAACAGGCUCACGGGAGCAGACGGACGUUCUACAGAUCUGGCCAGCGCUCGAAGACAUCUGCCAAGACAUACAGACACUCUACCAGUCUGAGCUGUGGAAUCGUCUCCAGCGCCGGUUCCGAGAUCUACUUGCCUACUCGCAACAAGUCUUUGGCCGUCGCCCGAGCGACCGAAACUUGGUUCUCUGCUUCAGCAGGAUCUGUCUACUGCUAUCGGAGAUUCGUGAUCCUACUGAGACCACAGAUUCAAACCCGAAGCGACUGCCUACUUUCCUCGUCUUGCGCUGCUUCCUCAUUGGUCUCUGUCAGAGUAUGUGGCAGCAACCGCAACAAGACCAUCUCCUACCAAUCAUCAAAGCGCUGUUGGCCAUCUUGCAAGGGUCGCCCAUGGAGUUCAAGGGGAUGCUCGCCAGGCUUUACCGCAAAGUCAUGAGGAUGGUGCAGGAUUCAUUGGGCCGUGACCAUCUCGUCACGCUCACUCUGUCCGCCAGCCUCGACAAACAACUCGGAAACAUAAUCUAUGCACAAAGCCAAGGCAAGGAGCGACCCUCAUUUGAUCGAGCCGCUUUGAUCAAAUUGGUCAUCAAAACUGAACUCCAGCACCACACCCAGGAAACAUCGGGACAAUUCCAGCGCCUCCUUCUCGUGCAAGAGAUUCUCAAUGCUCUGACGACCGGGGACAGAUACCCAGGGGACGUCCAGCACGUAGCGAUGAUCCUACGCUCCAUGGCCCUCCUCUCCUUCCGGAACGCCACAUCCCCGCUCGUGCGACUACGCGCAGCCCGCGCCGCGGCGCGCAGCAGUGAAGUCAUCGCCAAGAUGUACCUGGGCGUGCCCGGGAACGACGACUACUCGCGACGCACAAGCAUCGUGUACCUCGACACCGCCAUCACCACACUACUCGCGCAAAACGGGUGUGAAAUCACCGCGUUGCAUGUGACGAAGGUCCAUUGCAAGUGGCUCAAGGAGUACAACCGGAACAAUGGCCGAGCGGACCCGGAGACCAGGGAGGAGUUUGAGAGGCGGGCUGAGGAGGCCGAGGCGCGGAAGAGGAGCAUCGUCAGGCGCAUACCGGUGGACACAGAGGCUCCGGCGCGGGUUCCGCGUGCGAGGGGGAAGUUGAAGGCAACGACGAAAUCGGAAUCGACUAAACGGCUUCGUAAGGAGAAUAGAAACGAGAAGAAGAUGUUUGCGUCGUUCCUCCUGGAGAUAGCGCGCUGGGAGAGUUUCAACACAGGUUCGAAGUAG